UCGGCCUCCCCGCCGCUCCCGCAGUCGGGCCAGGACUCCACACAGGGACCUCCGCCCUAUCCUCCUCGGGCCAACCCCGGCGGUCCCCAUCCCCGACGGACGAGAGAUAGGGUCCCAAGGCAGGUUUUGUUCACCUCACUGGAUCCUGGAGUUCUGGGGACAGAUCCAGGCCAGCAGAAGCCUGGGGGUCCCUGAGUGGCUGGAGAUGAGGUUCACCCAAGGACAAGGCUCCAUAUCCUGAGAUCUGGGAUCCCCCAGGACACUCUCUGACCCCUCCAGGCCCUGGGGCCCUUCCCUCAGCUCACCUGAGUUUCUCAGGCUCCAGGAUGCCGUAGAGGCCUGAGAUUUGGUCUUCCAGGUUUGUGGCUGCAGUGCCCUUCACCUGCCCUGCACCUGGCCCUAUCACAGGCCUCCGCAAUGUCACCACGUCUGUGCUCCCUCCUUUUCCUGGCCCUGGGCCUGGGGCUGGCUGGAACCCUCAACCCCAAGGACCCCAACACCUGUAGCGUCUGGGAAAGCUUCACCACCACCACCAAGGAGUCUCACUUGCGCCCCUUCAGCCUGCUCCCCUCCGAGCCCUGCGACCGACCCUGGGAGAACCCACACAUCUGUCCCCAGCCCACGGUUGUCUACCGGACCGUGUACCGCCAGGUGGUGAAGAUGGAGCACCGAAGGCGCCGGCAGUGCUGCCGAGGAUUCUAUGAGAGCAGCAGUGGGGCUUGUGUUCCGCUUUGUGCUCAGGAGUGUGUCCAUGGUCGCUGCGUGGCUCCCAACCAGUGCCAAUGUGCACAAGACUGGCGGGGCGACGACUGCUCCAGUGACUGUGCCCCAGGAGUGUGGGGGCAACAGUGUGACAGGCCCUGUAACUGCGGCAACAGCAGCUCCUGUGACCCCAAGAGUGGGGCAUGCUCCUGUCCCUCUGGCCUGCAGCCCCCGCACUGCCUUCAGCCUUGCUCCCCUGGCCACUAUGGCCCUGCCUGCCAGUUCAGCUGCCAGUGCCAUGGGGCACCCUGUGACCCUCAGACUGGAGCCUGCCUCUGCCCCCCAGACCGAACUGGGCCCAGCUGUGAGGUGUCCUGUUUACAGGGCACUGUUGGCUUCUCCUGCCCCAGUACCCCUCCUUGCCACAAUGAGGGUGUUUUCCAGAACUCUCAAGGCUCCUGCAGCUGCCCACCUGGCUGGAUGGGCACCAUCUGCUCCCUGCCCUGCCCAGAGGGCUUCCAUGGACCCAACUGCUCCCAGGAAUGUCGCUGUCACAACGGAGGCCUCUGCGACCGAUUCACUGGGCAGUGCCGCUGCGCUCCGGGCUACACCGGGGAUCGGUGCAGUGAGGAGUGCCCCGUGGGCCGAUUCGGGCAGGACUGUGCUGAGACGUGCGACUGUGCCCCCGGCGCCCGCUGUUUCCCGGCCAACGGCGCGUGUCUGUGCGAACACGGCUUCACCGGGGAUCGCUGCGCCGAACGCCUUUGCCCCGACGGCCUAUACGGCCUCAGCUGCCAGGCGCCCUGCACCUGCGACCCGGAGCACAGCCUCAGCUGCCACCCGAUGAGCGGGGAGUGCUCGUGCCUGCCGGGCUGGGCGGGCCUCCACUGCAACGAGAGCUGCCCGCAGGACACGCACGGGCCUGGCUGCCAGGAGCACUGCCUCUGCCUGCACGGUGGCGUCUGCCAGCCCGACAGCGGCCUCUGCCGGUGCGCGCCCGGCUACACGGGCCGGCACUGCGCUAGCCUCUGCCCCUCUGACACUUAUGGAGUCAACUGCUCUGCACGCUGCUCCUGUGAAAAUGCCAUCGCCUGCUCGCCCAUCGACGGCACCUGCGUCUGCAAGGAAGGUUGGCAGCGUGGUAACUGCUCUGUGCCCUGCCCACCUGGAACCUGGGGCUUCGGUUGCAAUGCCAGCUGCCAGUGUGCCCACGAGGCAGCCUGCAGCCCCCAAACUGGAGCCUGUACCUGUACUCCUGGGUGGCACGGGACCCACUGCCAGCUCCCCUGCCCAAAGGGGCAGUUUGGUGAAGGCUGUGCCAGUCACUGUGACUGUGACCAUUCUGAUGGCUGCGACCCUGUUCAUGGACGCUGCCAGUGCCAGGCUGGCUGGAUGGGUACCCGCUGCCACCUGCCCUGCCCUGAGGGCCUCUGGGGAGCCAGCUGUAGCAACACCUGCACCUGCAAGAAUGGGGGCACCUGCAGCCGUGAGAAUGGCAGUUGUGUGUGUGCACCUGGGUUCCGAGGCCCCUCCUGCCAGAGAUCCUGUCAGCCCGGCCGCUAUGGCAAACGCUGUGUGCCCUGCAAGUGUGCCAACCACUCCUCCUGCCAUCCCUCGAAUGGGACCUGCUACUGCCUGGCCGGCUGGACAGGCUCUGACUGCUCCCAACCGUGUCCUCUAGGACACUGGGGAGCCAAAUGUGCCCAGCUCUGCCAGUGUCGCCAUGGCGGGACCUGCCACCCCCAGGAUGGGAGUUGUUUCUGUCCCCCAGGCUGGACUGGACAUCUCUGCUCAGAAGGCUGUUCUCCAGGGAUGUUUGGUGCCAAUUGCUCCCAACCAUGCCAGUGUGGUUCUGGAGAGAGGUGCCACCCAGAGACUGGGGCCUGUGUGUGUCCGCCAGGGCACAGCGGUGCCCCCUGCAGGAUUGGAAGCCAGGAGCCGUUCACUAUGAUGCCUACCUCUCCGGUGGCCUAUAACUCAUUGGGGGCAGUGAUUGGCAUCGCAGUGCUGGGCUCCCUGGUGGUGGCCCUGGUGGCACUGUUCAUUGGUUACCGCCAUUGGCAAAAAGGCAAGGAGCACCAGCAUCUGGCGGUGGCCUACAGCAGUGGGCGACUGGACGGCUCUGAGUACGUCAUGCCAGAUGUCCCUUCCAGCUUCAGUCACUACUACUCCAACCCCAGCUAUCACACCCUGUCACAGUGCUCACCUAACCCGCCACCCCCAAACAAGGUUCCAGGCAGUCAGCUCUUUGCCAGCCUCCAGGCCCAGGAGCGGCCAGUUGGAGCCCAUGGGCACGACACCCACGCCACUCUGCCUGCUGACUGGAAGCACUGCCGGGAGCCCCUUCCAGCACCUCUGGACAGGGGUAGCAGCCGCCUGGACCGAAGCUACAGCUGUAGCUACAGCAACAGUAAUGGCCCAGGCCCGUUCUAUAAUAAAGGGCCCAUCUCUGAAGAGGGGCUGGGGGCCAGCGUGGCUUCCCUGAGCAGCGAGAACCCCUAUGCCACCAUCCGGGACCUGCCCAGCCUGCUAGGGAGCCCCCGGGAGAGCAGCUACGUGGAGAUGAAAGGCCCUCCCUUGGGGUCUCCUGCCAGGCAGCCUCCUCAGCUCCCGGACAGCCAGAGGCGGCGACACCCCCAACCACAGAGAGACAGUGGCACCUACGAGCAGCCCAGCCCUCUGACCCAUGACCGAGACUCUGUGAGCUCCCAGCACCCCCUGCCUCCGGGCCUGCCUCCCGGCCACUAUGACUCACCCAAGAACAGCCACAUCCCUGGACACUAUGACUUGCCUCCAGUACGGCAUCCUCCGUCUCCCCCGCUUCGGCACCAGGACCGUUGAGGAGCCAAGAUGGUGUGCAGAGGUCAGCACACCUGUUCUUUGCUGCCAAAGGCUGAGGACAGAGCCCAUUGUACCCUGCCAGGAGCAGGGAGAAGACUGGCAGGUGGUGAACAGGAACAUGUUUAAUAGAGGAUGCGAGUGGAGAGGAGACGGGAGCCUGGCUCCCAGGUUCUAUCGUGGGAAACACUGGUCAGCUGGAAGUCUGUGUUCCUUUUCCCCAACCAGCUGCUCCCCAAGGCCCCCAGGGCCCCAUGUACAUAAACUGGUGGGUUGAAUGUUGCUGGAUACCUCUGAUUUCAGAUUGAUGUAAAAAAUGUAUAUUGAGUAAAUUUUCUGUGCACUCCCAGGCUAGGCUCUGUGAGUGUGUGUGUGUGUGUGUGUGUGUGUGUGUGUGUGUGUGUGUGGUUUCAGAAGGGUACCAGGCACAGAUCCUGUCCUGGGGCUAACCCAGCUAACUCUAGAAAUAGCCUAACUGGCCUCCCUGCAUUCACCUGGUACUCCUUCCAACCAACUGCUCAAAAUACAAGCUGGCUAGCUUACCCCUGCCUGAAAGUCUUCAUGGGUGCCCCAUGGCUCCUGGGUCACAGUCAAAACUGUCAAAGGCCUUAAAGGCUUUGCUGGCCCGGCUUAUCUGUCUCUUCAGUCUCCCUUGAACUGUGUUCCAUGUCACUCUGCUCCAGCCACACUGGCCUCUAGGUCCUCCUAUCAGCCACACUUCUUCCUACCACAGGGACUUUGCACAUCUGGAAUGCUCUUCCUCUCCCACUCACUUGUUUACUUCUGCUUGUCCGUCACAUCCCCUCCUCUCUUUCAUAGCACUGAUCACAGAUGUGUUCAUGCACCAGAUACCUGCAGAAGGCUUACAGGGUGCCGGGCACCUCUGUAAUGUGUUGCUUUUUAAUGUGAUUAUUUGAUUAAUCUCUGUCUCCCCGCCAGACUGUAAGUUCCCUGAAAGCAGGAAUCUUGUGUUUAUGUUCAACAUUGGAGUCCCUUGGCACAUAGUAGGCACUCAAUAAAUGUUCCUCCAAAGGC